UUGGCCUGGAGUAACCAAGGAUGUAGAGGAGUGGGUGAAAGUAUGCGGUCGCUGUACGAGGGCCAAGACUCCAGUGAACACUCUUCGAGCUCCGUUAGUGAAUAUCGUCACGACGCAACCCAUGGAACUGGUGGCUAUGGAUUUUCUUACAUUAGAACCAUCCAAAGGGAACUAUCAGUACAUACUAGUAGUAACUGACCACUUCACUAGAUACUCCCAGGCGAUUCCAACACGGAACAUGUCGGCGCGAACUACAGCAGAGGCAUUGGUACAACAUUUUAUAUGCCAUUACGGGAUGCCAAAGAGAUUCCAUUCGGACCAAGGUGCUAACUUUGAGGGUCGCGUGAUGCAGGAUGUUUGUAGCAUUCUUGGCAUUGAGAAGUCUAGGACUUCAUCCUAUCAUCCUAGCGGCAACGGCCAAUGUGAGAGAUUCAACCGCACCUUGCUAGACAUGAUCAGAACAUUGGAAUCUGAGCAGAAGAAAGAUUGGAAGAGUCAUGUUGGACCACUUACUCACGCUUACAAUUGCACGAGGCACGAAACAUCAGGAUACUCGCCAUACUUCCUGAUGUUUGGUAGACAUCCGCGUCUCCCAGUGGAUGUAGCGUUUGGAGUGGAUAAUAUUGAUAAUACCACAAAAGGGAACAUUACCAGUUAUGCCGAGGGAUUACGGAACCGGUUAAAGGAGUCAUAUGACAUAGCGGCUAGGUCCGUAAAAAAUGCUCAGGGAAGACAGAAGGUUAACUAUGACAAUCGGGUGCGAGGAGCCACACUUGAUAUCGGUGACAGAGUAUUGGUGAAGGUGCUCGCAUUCGAUGGCCGUCAUAAAAUUGCUGAUCGUUGGGAGGACUGUGCCUAUGUUGUAGUAAGUCGACCGAACUUGGACAUACCAGUGUUUGGGGUGAGGAGGGAGGAUGGCGUUGGCAGACAACGAACACUGCAUAGGAACCAUCUACUUCCGAUUGGUUAUAUACACAGGGAUACCCAAGUUCACCCGCCAAAGCCAGUGCCCAGACCUAGAGCUAGUGCUCCUAGGGCCAGGAAAUCUUUAAUGCCGCCAGUACAAGUUGAGGUUCCAGAAGUGCAGGAACUGGAGGAGGAUGAUGACGAUUCAGUCACACUUGAAAUAUCAACACCAAUUGAUGGUACAGCAACCCGUACCGAGAAUCAGGUGGAUGAUGUUGGGAUAAGGGAGGAAAUUCAGGAACAACAUGACGACGGUCAUGAUGCAGUUAGAGACGAGGUUGCAGAGGACGACGGUCGGCCUCAAGACGUUGAGGAAAGGCAACCCCGGGAACCAGAGGUUGAACUCAGGAGGUCAACACGUCAGAGAAGACUACCUGAGCGUUAUGCCUCUGGAGAUUUUUUGAUGUCCGUCCAGGAGCCAGACUGGCAAAGAAGAGUGUCGUAUUUGAUGUCACUGGCAUCUUCGGAUCGGUUCAAAGGACUGUCACCCCAAGUGGCUGAUGCUGUGCUGGCAUUGGUGCUGGACAAAUGACGAGGACGUCAUUUGACCUGUGGGGGGAAGUAUGUAGCAGUUGGUUAUUUUGUUUUACUGUAAUAAAUGUAUUAUUGUAUAUAUAUAUAUAUAUAUAUAUGAAUUGCCAAAGUGGCAUAUAUAUUAAAAGAUGGUGUGAGUAUUGUAUGUGUGAAUUUUAAUUGUCAUUUUAGAUAUUAGGUAUACUUAAUGUGCAUCAGGUCUGGUUUGUAAAAGUUUUGUAUUCCCGCGUCUUGUGCUUACAUUUACGUAAUGUUCAGUUUCCCGCGUCUUGUACAUGUACCUUGUGUUGCCCGUGUAUGUCAUGUAUAUGUUGUCACGUGACUGAGUGUACCCGACCUGUAGGACCGCGCCACCCGUGGACUAUCACAUCAGCGACACACGGGUGAGGACGUAUAUACAUGCACGGCUUGACUGUUGACUAUCUGCCAGAUUAUUGUUAAAGGAUAAAAACGCUUGUGUGCUCGUAAUUUAUACUUUGUCUACGAGUCCCGUAAUAUUAUCGGGAGAGGAACCCCUGUCCAAGGGAUAGGGGUUUUUACCUGGAGAAUAAAGUGUAAAC